GCCGCAGAGCCCGCCGGGAGCUCUCGGAGCAAUGGCGACGCCCAGUCUUCGGGGCCGCCUGGCCCGGCUCGGGAACCCGCGGAGGCCUAUACUGAAGCCCAGCAAACCCCUCAUCCUAGCUAACCGCAUCGGGGAGCGGCGCCGGGAGAAGGGCGAGGCGACCUGUAUCACGGAGAUGUCGGUGAUGAUGGCUUGCUGGAAGCAGAAUGAAUUCCGCGAUGGAGCGUGCAGAAAAGAGAUCCAGGAUUUCUUCGAUUGUGCUUCGAGGGCUCAGGAAGCCAGAAAGAUGAGAUCACUCCAGGAAGCUUCGGGAGAGUCUGGGAGUUUGCCCCCCAAGAAACUGAAUAAGUUGUUACAGAGGUUUCCUAACAAACAUCACAUCAGUUGAAAAUAGAGAAGCAUUUCCAGUGACUGGAAUAUAGCUUCUGAGGACUGCAUGAAGAUGUUUUAGAGACUUUGAUGCCACUGUGCCCUUUGAAAGGCAUAUGCUCUCUUUGAAGGAUGCAUAAGGCAAAAUACUUUAUUCUUUGGCAUAUGCAUGGUCUGGAUGGAAGUUUUGCUUCAUCUUGAAAUAAAAUCCUUCGAAGAGAACUCGA